ACGGGGGGAAAAAGGAGAGGAGCAGUUUGGGUGAGCAAUUUCCAUAAACUCUGAAUGGAUUGGAAUGGGGAAAGCCACCUGCUUCACGAGGUCAUGCAAUUCAACCCAUGCCGGCUUCUUCAUUAAAACACUCUUCUUUCUCCUGUUCUGUAGACAUGUUUAUUCCCACUGCAAGAUCUUGCGUUGCAACUCGGAGUACGUGGCCUCUACUCUCAACUUGCGUGGCCCCAACAAGAACGUGGCCUACUGCAAUGCCUUGCGUUCCUACUCCCGCUGCACCCGCAGGACGGCCCGCACUUGCCGCGGAGACCUCGCGUACCACUCGGCCGUUCACGGCAUUGAGGAUCUCAUGAUCCAGAACAACUGCUCCAGGGAAGGGCCCACCUCGCCGCCGCGGCCCCCCAUGCCUGCUCCCAACCGCCAGGGCUUUGAAUCCCUGGACAUCUGUGACUAUGAGAAGAGUUUUGCCCAUAAGCACGGCAGGCCCCCCACGUACCAGCACUGUGCCACAUUUGGGGACCCUCACGUGCGCACCUUCAGCGACGAAUUCCACACCUGCCGAGUGGAGGGUUCCUGGCCGCUUCUUGACAACACCUAUUUAUUUGCUCAGGCCACGAGUUAUCCUGUAGCAAAAGGAUCAAACGCUACUGCUACUAGCAAGCUCACAAUCAUAUUUAAGAACAUGAAGGAGUGCAUUGAUCAGAAGGUCUACCAGGCAGAGAUAGACAACCUGCCAGCAGCUUUUGAGGAUGGCUCGGUCAAUGGGGGCGAGAGGCCUGGAGGAAGUAGCUUGAGCAUCCAUGAACGCAUGCCCGGGCGGCACGUGGAGAUCCAAGCCGCGUACAUUGGCACUACCAUUGCGGUGCGCCAGGCAGGGAAGCAGCUGUCCUUCUCCAUCCGGGCAGCCAGGGAGGUGGCUCGCUCCUUCACGGAGGAGCAGGACCUUCAGCUUUGCGUAGGGGGCUGCCCACCUAGCCAACGCAUCUCCCGAGAGGAGUGCUGCUGCAGCGAUGGCACCAUCACCUCGGAGCAGGCCCAUCUGUUGUGCAAGGAGAAACUGCCGAUAGAGGACGUCUACUUCCAGUCGUGCGUCUUCGACGUGGUGACGUCGGGCGACACCAACUUUACGCUAGCGGCGCAUGGUGCGCUGGAGGAUGCCAAAGUUUUCCAUCCAGAUGCCAAGAAACUCCACAUCUUCCCAAGGGAUACAUCCUGCCGGACCAGCAGCCCAUGCCUGCUCCUCCUCCUUCUCGCUGCAUUAAUCAUUUCAGAUUUUUCAUGGCACUUUUAAAUGUCCCUGUGAAUUGGUGGUUAGCUAUAUUGCACCAGUCUGCGGGAGGCAGGUGGGGGGCAGGGUUGACUUCCUUUGGCAUGCAACAAAUGCAAGACGGUUAAAAGCUCCUUGUUUUGAUGAAAAAAGAGAGAGCGGGGCUGUGGGUUUGUUGUGGACCAGUGUGAUUCAGGGAUGGAGUAAGGUUAAAUGAAGAAGAAAAAUGACUCCUUUUAAGUAUAAUUGGGAAACUGACAAGCUGAGAGUAGUAACUGUAGCUCUACAUUCUCAGAUAACCUGGAAAUCUCUAAAAUACAUUGGACAUCAAAGGAUAUUCCUGAAUAGAAGCUCAGUUUUGCCUGAUAUAAAA